AUGUAUAAACCCUUGGGCAGUGUAGACGACGGAAGAAAAGGAAGGACUGAAAUUACAGAGCCGAAGCAAAGCCUUAACCCAGUCGGGGUAUCAGAGGGAGAGAGUGUGAGUAACGAGGUACCCUUUCUCUCUUUCGUGUCGUUUUAUUGGCAAAAGGAUUCAAUUUUAGCGUCGUUUCGUGUCUCUAUUGAAAUAUCUCUGGCUGCCGGAGAGAAAAUAAGGAGUGGGAUUUGUUGCUUCGAACAAUUUAGAAUCAUGUCUUGGUGCACCAUUGAGUCGGAUCCCGGCGUGUUUACAGAGCUUAUUCAGCAAAUGCAAGUGAAAGGUGUACAGGUUGAGGAACUAUAUUCGUUGGACCUUGACUCUCUCAACAGCCUUAGGCCUGUUUAUGGGUUGAUUUUUCUUUUCAAAUGGCGUCCAGGGGAAAAGGAUGACCGAGUUGUUAUCAAAGAUCCCAACCCUAACUUGUUUUUUGCCAGCCAGGUAAUAAAUAAUGCUUGUGCAACCCAAGCGAUCUUGUCCAUUCUUAUGAAUUCACCAGAUAUUGACAUAGGCCCAGAGCUGACUAAAUUGAAAGAAUUUACCAAGAACUUUCCUCCAGAACUCAAAGGUUUGGCCAUCAAUAACAGUGAAGCCAUUCGAACAGCCCAUAAUAGCUUUGCUAGGCCAGAACCUUUUGUUCCUGAAGAGCAAAAGGUUGCCAGUAAAGAUGAUGAUGUUUACCAUUUCAUAAGCUAUCUACCUGUUGAUGGGGUACUAUAUGAGCUUGAUGGAUUGAAGGAGGGUCCUAUCAGCCUUGGUCAGUGCUCUGGUGGGCAAGGUGAUAUGGAAUGGCUGAAGAUGGUGCAGCCUGUGAUACAAGAACGGAUUGAAAGGUAUUCCCAAAGUGAGAUAAGAUUUAAUCUCCUGGCAAUCAUCAAGAACAGGAAAGAGAUGUACACGGCUGAGCUGAAGGAACUUCAGAAGACGAGGGAGCGCAUUUUGCAGCAGCUGGCAGCAUCAAAGUCGGACAGACUGGUGGAUAAUAGCAAUUUUGAGGCACUGAACAAUUCCCUAUCUGAAGUGAAUGCUGGGAUUGAAGCCGCUACUGAGAAGAUCUUGAUGGAGGAAGAAAAAUUCAAAAAAUGGAAAACAGAAAAUAUUCGUAGGAAACACAACUACAUACCUUUUUUAUUUAACUUUCUUAAGAUUCUUGCUGAGAAGAAGCAGCUGAAGCCCCUGAUUGAGAAGGCCAAACAGAAUACAAGCAGCCCUCGGUGA